AUGUUGCGUACAGUUAAAGCCAAAAAUGCUCGUGCCAAGCGUUUCUUGAAGAACCGUGAAGCCAAGGUCCAUGAAAACCCCAAGAACACAUUAGUUGUGCGGGGUUCCUCUACUAGUCAAGUUGUCAGUGAUGCAUUGAAGGAUUUGUAUGCAUUGAAGCGUCCCAAUGCCAUUUACUUUAGCAAGAAGAACGAAAUCAAGCCAUUUGAGGAUGAAGAAAAGCUCGAAUUCUUUUCUCAAAAGAACGACUCUGCACAUUUAGUCAUUGGCACUCACUCCAAAAAGAGACCUCACAACUUGACCUUUGUCCGCAUGUACAAUCAUCAAAUGUUGGACAUGUACGAAUUCGGUAUCGAGAACCCCAAAUCCAUGGGCUCUAUUCCUGGACCCAAGUGUUCAUUGGGUUUGAAGCCAUUGAUGGUCUUUAACGGCGAACGUUUUGAAUCGGAUGAAAAGUGCAAGUACAUCAAAAACUACUUUUUGGAUUUCUUUAAUGGUGAGGAGACGGAUGCCAUCAACUUGGCAGGUCUUGAGCAUGUGAUCAGUUUAACAGCUACACCUGAUGAUCGUAUUCUUUUCCGUACCUAUGCUAUCCAAAUGAAGAAGAGUGGACUCAAGACACCUCGUGUUGAAUUGGAAGAAAUGGGCCCUAGUUACGAUCUCAAGAUCAAGCGUACGUCUGUUCCCAAGCAAGAGAUCUGGAAUUCCGCUGUUAAAGUGUCCAAGGAAGUCAAGCCCAAGAAGGCAAAGAACAUUGAAGUGGAUGAAAUGGGUGAUAAAUAUGGUCGUAUCCAUCUUGGCAAACAAGAGCUUGAUAAGAUCCAAACCAGAAAGAUGAAGGGUUUGAAGAGAGGUGCUAAUGAAAAGGAAGACGACGAGUCAUCAAAAAAGCAAAAAGUAGACAGCGAUGAUGAGUAA